GGCGUCGUUUUCCAUCACGAAACGAGAUCAUCCAUCCGGCAAACAGAACUCUUCCAUCUCCCAUGGCAAUCUCCAUCUCCGCUUGUGCAACUCCUCACUGGACCAACUCAAGUAAACAAUGCAAAUUCGUUGGUCAAUCUGUGAGAGCAUUGCCAAUUCGGAUCAUAACGGUGGGGAAGAAGAGGUCCCCAGCUGUCCAGUUGCUGGUAGAUGGGUAUAUCGAUAAGCUCAGAAACUACUGUCCUGUUGAUGAUGUUUUAAUUCGGUCUAACCCCAAAAAUGCACGAGAUGUAAGGGCCCAGGUUGAUGAUGAAGAUAUGGCUGUCAUGAACCAUAUCAGGUCUGAUGACUGGGUUGUGAUGUUGGAUGAGCAUGGAUUGGAUAUAGGGUCUGAGCAGUUUGCUGAAUUAGUCGGAGAUUCAGGGCGUAAGGGAGCUUUGAGGUUAUUAUUUUGUAUUGGUGGACCUUAUGGUCAUGGAAGACAAAUCCGAGAACGUGCUAAUACAUCAGUCAAGUUAUCUUCAAUGGUCUUGAAUCAUCAAAUUGCACUUGUUGUGCUCGUGGAACAACUUUACAGGUCAUGGACUAUUCUGAAAGGACAGAAGUACCAUCAUUAGAUAUUCUCAUAAUCUGAACAAUUCAAUGUGAGUAAUGCUAAACCCAAUGCCUAGCUUUACAAAUAUUAUCAAUCAAAUUAGUCUCUCUGCCGCAAAACAGGGUUGUUUUGGACACAUCUGAGGCAUGUUGAUUGUAUUGUCGAGCAUUUUAUCCAUGAGUUUAGAUUGGGAACCUAGAAUGUCCCUUUUUAGUAGAGACUGAGACCAGAGACAAGUCACUGGUGUUCUGAAUAUCUGUCAGUUGGCCUAACCUUCAAAUUAGUCUAUGCAAAAACAUUAAAAUGGAUGUGGCAAUUUCACUGCAGAAGUCGCACAAGUGGUAUAUCCAAAGAGCAGCUUGGUUUGGCCAUUUGGAUCUAAGUUUCAAGCAUUUGGUGGUGAGUGCCAUUGUGUUGAGUGGUGAUGGAUUUUCAAGUUACUACAUAUGAACCCCAUUCUAAAGAGGACCAACUUCUGCCGCAUUUUCAAAAUAAUGCAUUAAUACAGAAGGAAAUCGUGACACCAAGAAGUCAAUCAAGAGAGGGACUUAUUGCUUUGAGUUUAAUCCAGUAAAUAUAAGGGGAACUUGGAGGAUUAAUAUCGAUCCAAGAAAACUUUUUCUGGCUUGAUCUUCCAUCCCCUUCCCCUUUUUAAUUUAAAUUUAUAAUUCAAUUAAUGAAAGAGUAGAACCAUAUGUAUGAUGCGGACAUUUUCUGGAGCAGAUUUCCAUGGAUAGAAGAAAAUAGAUUCACACAAGAAAGUCAUCCCUGAACUUUAAACUUUGAACUAGGUAUGAAUUUGAACAUUUUUGAAUUACAUAUUUGCUACUAAAUCAGCUUGAUGUAUGUAAAUAACUAAAUAUAGACAUC